AUGACGUGCACUCAUGCAGCUUUAAAGAGGAAGGAUUUCCUUCAGUUAGGUUUCAAGUAUGACAACUUGCUCAUGGAAGAAAGUGCUCAAAUUUUGGAGAUUGAAACUUUCAUUCCAAUGUUGCUCCAGAGGCAGGAAGAUGGUUAUGCACGGCUGAAACGCUGCAUCUUAAUUGGUGAUCAUCACCAGUUGCCUCCUGUUGUCAAGAAUAUGGCAUUCCAAAAGUACAGCCACAUGGACCAGUCUCUCUUUACAAGGUUUGUCCGUUUGGGCAUUCCUUAUAUUGAACUUAAUGCCCAGGGUAGAGCCAGGCCAACUAUAGCCAAACUGUACAACUGGAGAUACAGAGAUCUGGGAGACCUUCCUUAUGUAAAGAAGGAUGCCAUUUUCCGUAGAGCAAAUUCUGGGUUCUCCUAUGAAUAUCAAUUAGUGGAUGUACCAGAUUACCAUGACAGAGGUGAGUCUGCUCCAUCACCUUGGUUCUACCAAAACGAGGGGGAAGCAGAAUACAUUGUCAGUGUCUAUAUCUAUAUGCGUCUACUUGGGUACCCUGCAAAUAAGAUAUCCAUAUUGACCACUUACAAUGGCCAGAAGCUUUUAAUCCGUGAUGUUAUCAACAGACGAUGUGCUCCGUAUGACUUCAUAGGCCCUCCCAGCAAGGUUACAACAGUUGAUAAAUUUCAAGGUCAGCAAAAUGAUUUCAUAUUGCUCUCUCUUGUGCGUACUCGCUUUGUGGGUCACCUUCGUGAUCCCACAUUCCAACUUCUACUUCAGAGACCUGACCACCUUGCUCUUAAUUUGAAUGAGAUUUCACCAAACACAGAACGCCAUGUUGAAGACACUGUUCCUAUGCAUCUUGUCAGCAGUGUUGAUGAGAUGAUUGGUAUCUACCAACAGCUUUAUGAGGUAAAGUUCCAUCAGUACAUGGCUUACUCAGGUCGAGUAGCUCCAUCCAUAGAUGCAUCUGAGGAGCAAACAACUCAGCAAAAGUCGAUAUCCGGGCAACAUCCCAUGGAUACAGAUAUACCUGUAACUUCCGAUGGGGCACCAGAGGAUAAUAAUACCCAGCAUGGAAGCAAUUUGGAAGAAGGCAUAAAAAUGGAUGUCCUUGCAAAUGGUCAAAAUCUGGAGUCAUCACUCGAGAACCACUCAAAUGGGGGGACAGAUGUGGAAGCUGGUGGCGGUGACAGAAAUGUGCCACCUGAAAGCAAUUCUGAUGAAACUAAUAUGGAAGAGUAG